AUGGUUCAAGGCGACCUCGAGACAUCUCGUUCUGUUCCAGUUGAGGCUAGCUCUCCUUUCAAAAGCAACUCAUACGACGGCAUAAUGGAUGAACUAUUUUGCGACGACGACUCGCUUGAUUUUCUCGACCAUAUUGUUCACCCACAGGCAAUCUUGGAUGACUCGGGAGGGUCGUACUUUGGAGAAGAUAUAUUCAUGUCUGACGGCGAAGACAGUAUUUACCUUCUCAGUGGCGAUCUGGAACAAAACGCACAAGACUCUGACGAGAUAGAUACAGAUAAUCAGAGAGCACAGUCUAUUUCGAAUAUUGAAGACCUUGUUCUCUCUUUCCUAACCCAGCUAACUGGCUGUCUGGACGAUAUAGCAGGCUAUAGGAACAUUGAUGACGCUGAUAACUCGGAAGCCGAUGAUUCUCGAAAACGUUCUCGUCCAGUAAAGAGCAAGACUCGCAAGAUAGAGCUACGCUUAGCAGAUCGCAGAAAGAAAGACUCAACAUGUGCAGCUUUCCGCUCUGUACGGUAUCCACUCAACUCUAAAGGAGCCAGUGCAAAACCUCUCGCACAUAUUUUUCGUGUGCUUGAUUUUAUGCAUGAGGCCUUGUUAUAUGACAUACCCGUUACGAAACGAGAUAUGUACUACAAAGAUGUAUCCUUAUUCAAGUCGCAAGCUACUGUAGACCGUCUUGUUGAUGAUGUCGCUGCUACUUUUGAACUCAACCGAUCGGAUCUCCACGUCCGUGCGUCCACGAAAGGACUUAUAUGUGGUAGUGGCCUUCUCAUUCAUCUUACUGGAGGAGAGACCAUCCAUAUCAACGAAUCGGAGGGUGCAUUGAUUCCUGUCGGGGAAGAUAUUGACCGUUUCGAAAUAGAAGGCGAUAUGGCUUGGGUUCUAAUAGUAGAGAAAGACGCCGUCUUUCAGACCCUAUGUCGCCUGCAGUUUGCAAGUCACCCAUCGCUCCCAGGUCCUGGCAUAAUCAUCACGGGAAAGGGCUAUCCGGAUGUCGCAACCCGUCAGCUCGUUAAGACAUUCUCAGACAAUCUGCCAUCUCACAUCCCAAUUCUGGCAUUAGUCGACGGCGAUGCAUAUGGUAUCGACAUUCUCUCUGUCUAUAAAUAUGGCAGCUGGAGUCUCAGACAUGAGAAUGGAAAGCUGGCCGCGGAGCGCGUUGAGUGGCUAGGAAUAUGGACAUCCGAGUUGGCGGAGUAUGAUCAUACGAAUUUGCUCUUGGGCAUCGACAUCGAUUCUAUGAUUCCUAUCACUAAACACGAUGAGAAAAAGGCCAUUUUGAUGCUUCAACGCCCUCCGGAGACGAUGCCAGCGCCAUGGAGGAAGGAGCUGAUGCGAAUGCUACACACACGGCGCAAAGCAGAAAUUGAAAUCUUGUCCGCUCAUUAUUCGAAUAACGUGAAACAUACAUCGACGAACAUCCCAGGUUAUCCAUUUCUACUUCACUACCUAUCCGGAAAGAUCAUCGAUAUUAUCGCGCCCUCUGUAUAA